AUGGACCAUGCACCAUGUCAUAAUCCCGACGUUGAAUAUUCCAACAUAUUUGUUAAAUUCUUUCCUCCAAACACAACAUCGAAGCUACAACCACUUGACCAAGGUCAACAUCUUGUGAAGCAUGUAAUAUCACGUUGUGCCCUUGCUACAUCACCAGAUGACAUUAUUAUUACUGCUCUUGAUGCCGUAACUUGGACAAAAAAUGCUUGGGAAAGUGUCACUCAAUUAACAAUCCGCAACACAUUUCGUAUGGCAGGCUUCGUUCAUCCAAAUACUCAAGAUACUAUUAGUGGUACAAUCGACAAUGAAAAUGAUACAAAUGAAGAAACUAUUAUUGAUGAUAUUACAACAGCAUUAAAAGAUCUUGAUACUCUUCUUGCUCAUAUUCAUACUGAUGGACAAAGUCUUUCAGCAAGUGAAUUCGUCGAAAUGGACUUAGAUACACCAACUUUCAAUGAAUGGAAUGAAUCUGACAAUGAUGUAAUCAUCGUCGAUGAAGAAUAUGUCAAUAAAAAACAUAAUAAUAAUGAUCAGGAUGAUGAUAUACUAACUGAAGCACCACCAAAACUCAUCGAUGCAAUGGAAAUGGCUAAAAAGUUACACCUUCUGGCUUCUACUCAAUAUCCAGAAUUACAUUCACUUAUUUCUCAAUUAGAUUCACAACUGACUCAACUCUUUAUCGAUUCCAAAGGUGCGAAACAAACUAAGAUUGAUGAUUUCUUUUGUAAAAAUUAA